AAGAUAAUUAGAAACAAAAAUUCAAAUGUAAAUGAAGGCUCUCUUGGCUGGGAAACCUAGAGGCGUGGUGUCAAACUGAGACCAAAAGUGGAAUGAAUUAGGCUGAGCUGACAGUUGACUUCACUCCCUCUGACAAGCCCCUGCUCUGCAGCUCUCCGGAACAGAUUGUGACCAUGAAUCUGGAACACAAUCAGUCCACAGAUUACUAUUAUGAGGAAAAUGAAGUCAACGGCACUCAGGAUUAUAGUCAGUAUGAAAUACUCUGUGUCAAAGAGGAGGUCAGAAAUUUUGCCAAGGUAUUCCUGCCUGUCUUCUACACAGUGGCUUUUAUUGCUGGAAUUGCAGGAAAUUCCACAGUGGUGGCUAUCUAUGCCUACUACAAGAAACAGAAAACCAAGACUGAUGUGUAUAUCAUGAAUCUGGCAGUGGCCGAUUUGCUUCUGCUCAUCACCUUGCCCUUUUGGGCAGCGAAUGCAGUGCAUGGAUGGGUACUAGGAAUACCAAUGUGCAAACUGACUUCAGCCUUGUUCACCAUCAACUUUGUCUCCGGAAUGCAGUUUCUGGCCUGCAUCAGCAUAGACAGAUACUCUGCGAUUACUAAAGUCCCAGGUCAUCAAAGAGUUGGAAAACCAUGCUGGAUUAUCUGUGUCAGUGUCUGGCUCAUUGCAAUACUGCUGAGCGUACCUCAACUAGUUUUUAAUACAGUGAACGAUAAGAAGAGAUGCCUGCCUAUAUUUUCACACCACCUAGGAACAACAAUUAAGGCAUCAAUUCAGAUCCUGGAAAUUUGCAUAGGGUUUGUAUUGCCCUUUCUCAUAAUGGCAGUUUGCUAUUCUCUGACCGCCAGGACACUCAUCAAGAUACCCAACAUAAAGAAAUCUCGGCCCCUCCAGGUUCUACUAGCAGUAGUGGUUGUUUUCAUUGUCACUCAGCUGCCAUACAACAUAGUCAAGUUCUGGCAAGCCAUGGACAUCAUCUAUUCAUUGAUUAUCGACUGUGAAAUGAGUAAGCGCAUGGAUGUGGCCAUACAAAUCACAAAAAGCUUGGCCCUUUUUCAUAGCUGUCUCAACCCAAUCCUAUAUGCUUUUAUGGGAUCCUCUUUUAAAAUGCACAUUACCAAAAUGGUGAAGAAAUAUGGCUACUGGAGGAGACAGAGACAAAAUCCAGAAGACAUUCCCUUUGAUUCCGAAGGUCAAGCGGAGCCAACAAGUACUUUUAGUAUCUAGCAGACAUACUGAUCUCUUUGUUUACUGGGGUGCAUGAUGCUACUCAAUGUAUUUUAAUACAGGAGAACACAUCUAUGUUUAUCAGAGACUCAAAUUUCAGUGUGGGACACUAAGACAUAUAUCUUGACAAGACAGUUUUGCAUCUUGCGGCAAAAACGUAGGAUAAAAAUACAAGCCAAGUUCCCCCUUGUGAUCUCAAAAAAAUCUAGCAGUGCACUAAAUGAAUUAAAACAAUAAUAACAACUACAAGAGGAGGAAAGGAAGAAAUCCCUACAGAAAAAUCAGUAGAGACCUAGGAAACGAACAAGCAAAGAAAACUCCUAAGGCAAUAAAAGACAAAGUAUAGGGAAUACUAAGAGAAAUCUCUGAAGGUAGAGAAUAAUUCCGCAAUAAUUAGAAUCACAGAAAGGGGAUAUAACACACAUAACAACCCUAAGAAUUGUUGGAAAGCCUAGUAAAAGAAUCAAGGGAAAAGAUAAAGAGGGAAAUUAGAGCUCUCAAUGAGAAACUCAAAAUGAGAAUGGGUGGUUUAGAACAGAAGUUAGAAAACCUUGGCCGAGCAGGAGACACCCACAAAAAGAACAGAGGAGACAGAAUUCAAAAAUUCAAAGAUGUAAUACAGUUAUUACAGCAAAGUCAAAAGAGAACAAUGGUGGAAAAAAUGUGAGAUCUCUUCAGUCAAAAGUAAAACUCUUAUACAUGUACUCCAGAAAAGACAAGAGCACUAAUUGAUUAUGAAAUAAAGAGAAAAACCACGCUAUCUUCAUCUAGCCAUUGUAUCAAAAAGGUGAAUUUAUGCACUACAAAAGAACAACGAACCAAAAAAAAAGCCUUAAGAAAAUAAAAAAGGUAAAUGCUAAUUUAUCAAGCAACAAAAAUCAAGAGCAGCAGGUAGCACAAUUAGAGGUAAAAGCCCAAGGUCAGCAGAAGGGGGCACUGAGAAGAGGGCAGGCACUGAGGGGAAGCUAGCCAGAGGACCCAAGGUGAGGUGAGCACAGUGCUGGGAAGUUUUCCAGCUCCCAUGGCCUCUCACAGCUCAAACCUGGGAGAACUAGGGCAGGCAGUCAGGCCCUGUCCCACAGGACCAGAAGACCUCAGUGCUACAGUGAGGAAUUCACAGCUAGGGUGGUUAAGCACCUGAGUAGCAUGGACUAGGAAGGGAGCCAGAAAAAGAGGCAAACUUCCUAUUUGGAGGACUAGUUCACAUUACACUAGGCACUGAAAGUUUGUAGCUACAGCUACAAUACCAAUGUACAAACUGACAGCCUUAAAAAACUCAGUAUUCUGUACAAAGUGGAUACAGCUGAACCUGGGACCUGCAGGCACGAGUGUUAGGGAGUCAGUGAGAACACAAUUGAAGACCAGGCAGGGGGGCCACCAUUCUAAUCAAGUGGACAGGAGCAGUCAGACUAGGCCAUGACAAAAAGUCCUAAUUUAGGAAGGAAAGUGUGAAAUAAGAAUAAACAGAAGAAAACAUUUAUGACAAAAAAAAAAAAAGGCAUUCAAGGACUUUCA